AUGGCCGAUGUGUUGAACAAACUAUUCGAGGGAGAAAUACCAUUAGAAAAUUUUAUUCAAAGGYUUAUUGAUAAGAAUAAUAACAAGGACAAGAAUUUGCAAGAGAAAGGAGUGACACUUGCUGAAUUUGUUCCUUUCUUUAUAAACUACCUGCGCGAGAAAACAAGCCAUCUUGCACCAAGACAUAACAUAACAACUCCUAAAAAAUCAAGACCUCAAAGACAUGACGGUCAAAGUACACCUUUGUCAAAUCAACGAGAUCAUCUUAAACACACUCCAAGAGGGAUCAACUUUUAUCCGCAAAGAACGCCUUCACCACAUCGAUGGCUACAGAAUGGUGAAGGCCAUAUAUCACCAUCMAUGAGAAGGAAGUCACCGAGAGUAACACCAAAUAGCCACAGUACCACACAGACUCCUUCUCCUUUGAUUUCUCAAUCUAAACCCAACUUGAAUAAUAUGGAUGACUUUCCUUCAAUUGGAGCAGCAUCAACACCUAAAAGUUCUGGUAAAAGGACUCCAUCUAGAAGAAUAACCCCAACUCCAGUCAAAGGKGACAACAAGAAAUCAAACUCWCCAUUCACAACUUCUCCUUUCGCUUCAACUAGUCCACUUGGUGAUUCAAGUCUUAGCCCUGCUUCCUUACAAGAAGAGAGGAAUAUGCUCAGAGCUAUGAAAUCUAAACGACGUAACCGYAGRGAUGAUAAUUCAUGGGGUACAAAGACAAGUUCUAGUCCUCAUUCUGGUUCAAAGAAUGUUGUUUURGGAGACUUUUUUUCUCCACCAGCAAUUGAACGAACURUGGGCAAAGAUUUAAAUACAUUUGAAGCAAAUUCUCASCAYRYAAAGCAAUUUAAACAAAAGUCUGAGAGCAAGACAAGAGCGCAAUGUGAAAAUGAAGUUCAAAUAGCUUCAGGCAUUGAUGAMACACAYUGUGUGACUGACAAAAACACUGCUAAAGAAAGCGUUAAACUAAAUAAUGAAAAAAGUAAUGUGGACACUACACCUACCCAUGCUAUAGAACCUGAUAAAAUAGASAAUAAAGACAAAAUAAAUAUUCUCAGUAGACUACAUUCAACGUUGAUUAAGGGAUGCCUAGUUCCAAAUGUGACUUCAGAGAUGUACUUUGUUKCUCAACUACUAAAUUCAAAACCUGCUGGUCCAGAUAAAACAAAUGUCCCUGAAAGCCAAGAACAAGAUCACAAUGUUUUGCACUCAAUUCACAACACUGUUUACUUUGCAGUCCUUGUAUUAGAAAAUACAAAAGAAAUAAUCAGUUUGCUUGACAAGGGAACUCUAAGACUUCUUGCCCACAACCAGAGAAUUGCAGAUUUGUCGCCAACUUUCAAUCAGUGGCUUAAUCAAACUUGUCAGGCUUAUUCUGUUCCAAAGGCUCUUGAUACCUCCAUCACAUCUCCAAUGGGUGGGGUACCAUUUAGUGCCGACAGAGACAACAAAAAUAACUUCCCGAGUGACAAAGCAUUUCAGAACUUUAGGAAGCAGAGGGAUGUUUUCUAUGAGCUUGUCAGAGAAUGGGAGGAUUGCCAUAAUAAACCUGGAUGGACUAUUGAAGAAAGCAUGGGCAACAGAAUAAGGUCCCUUGUACAUCAAAGACCAGAGUUAGCAAACCACUCAUCCUUUGCAAGGCUGUUCCAAUCACARUUACUUCAGAUGUGUAAGGGAGAAACUCCAAGCACAAGUGAAAAUUCAGUGCUUGCUAAUUUUUCCAAGUCAAAUCCAGAUAAAUUCCAAAGACUUUACAAUCGUUUUUUAGCUCCAAUGUCUCAUGGUGGACCWUGCCCUCCACCAUCUUUUACUGAAGUGCAAGAAUUCUUCAAGGGRUUUAUUUCUUGUGCUGAAAGUCAUUCUUUCAACCGCCAUCUUAUGGACCACUUGGUCAUAAAACUGACAGAGCUUGAUAGCACCAACUUUCAUCUUGAAGAACAAAGACUUGACUCCACCAGUGAAAAAUCAAUACAAUCAAAGGAAAUACAGUUCAGUUUUUCUGUGUGUCUCACUAACCUGCGCAUUUUAGCAAAGUUCCUUGGUUACCUGGUGUUUCAACCCUACUGUGGCAUCUCUUACCAAUCCAACCAAUCACAAAUGGAGAAAGUUAUUUCAAUGCGUGACAAGAUACCCCAACCAUUUGAUGUUCUUGUGUAUAUAAAUUCAGCACUCAAAAAAGGUCGUCUUGUCUUAACUGUGCCUUGGGUCAUUGAGUACCUYAGUAUGAUGGACCCUGUGGCUUCAUAUCUAAACUAUUAUCAUAGGGUCCUUAUGUUGCUGGUACAAAUAUACAGGUCAGCUGAUGUGUGGUGUGGAGGGCACACUUACCACAGGCUGCUUGUUGUUACAUGUCUUGGAUGGCUUUUUGAGACUCCUGUUAUUCCAGAGUCUUUGUUUUUCAAAUCAUUUGAAGAUCCUACAAGUCUCCAUGACAACAUAGCAGCUCCUUUGUCAACGUCUUUGGACUCCUGUGACAUUGCAGAUCAGAAAAUGCUGUAUUCCUGCUGUCCAUAUCUUGGCGAGAUCAAAACAGUUUUAUCAGAGGCAUCUACUGGGAUUUCAAGUCGUACAGGACAAGUUAAGAAAAUAACGCCCGUUUGUACUGACAAGACUGAAAAAAUGACGUCUAGUAACAAACGAUUACUGGAGCAACUUGAAGAGAAUUUUUAUCGAAGUCAACCAGAGUUUUUCAAACGAACAUCAGACUUUACAGUCGAAAGGCUGUGUUCCAAUAUACUGCACCAAAUAAAAACGUCGAUAGUACCAACAGCUUGUAAGAAGGGCGCUCAAGAGAUUGAAGCUUACUUGGAUAGCAUAGGCUUUCCUUCUGAAGGUGACAGCGCACAAGCGAAGGAGAAAAGUCGACCUCGCGUACUUCAACUAAUCCAUUCCGUAACAAGUGAUGCAGUAGCAAAGGCUUUGGAUAUCAUUGAGAAUAAYAGCGAACUCUCACUGAAGUCCUUCCAAGUCCUUUGUCCUGAAGAUACAAACUCUAAGGUCAUUAAUACUGCAGCUAAACUGACUGCUCGCCAUGUUAAGCAAAAAUCCACGGAYUGGAUUCAUCUCUCACUUGCAAGCAUUGUCGAGAAAGAUCUUUUUAACCAUUUUGACAAGCACACCAAUGCCUUACUACAUGCCAAAGCUAAAGAAAGCAGACUUCAGGAGGCUAUCAAACAAUCAGAUAAGAAGGAUUCUCUUGUCGUAGAGGCUAGUGAUAAGUCUCCGUCCCGAUARUCYUCGUCGUUGGUUGCUGCCAAGAGAUCGCGCUCUAUAUUCCGCAAAUUCAUUUUGAUUUCUUCCAAGCAGGCAAGUUCUCCCAGAAUGUCGUCCUCGUUAUCGAAGGUUGCCAAAGGCACGAGGCUGCUUGUUGUUACAUGUCUUGGAUGGCUUUUUGAGACUCCUGUUAUUCCAGAGUCUUUGUUUUUCAAAUCAUUUGAAGAUCCUACAAGUCUCCAUGACAACAUAGCAGCUCCUUUGUCAACGUCUUUGGACUCCUGUGACAUUGCAGAUCAGCAAAUGCUGUAUUCCUGCUGUCCAUAUCUUGGCGAGAUCAAAACAGUUUUAUCAGAGGCAUCUACUGGGAUUUCAAGUCGUACAGGACAAGUUAAGAAAAUAACGCCCGUUUGUACUGACAAGACUGAAAAAAUGACGUCUAGUAACAAGCGAUUACUGGAGCAACUUGAAGAGAAUUUUUAUCGAAGUCAACCAGAGUUUUUCAAACGAACAUCAGACUUUACAGUCGAAAGGCUGUGUUCCAAUAUACUGCACCAAAUAAAAACGUCGAUAGUACCAACAGCUUGUAAGAAGGGCGCUCAAGAGAUUGAAGCUUACUUGGAUAGCAUAGGCUUUCCUUCUGAAGGUGACAGCGCACAAGCGAAGGAGAAAAGUCGACCUCGCGUACUUCAACUAAUCCAUUCCGUAACAAGUGAUGCAGUAGCAAAGGCUUUGGAUAUCAUUGAGAAUAACAGCGAACUCUCACUGAAGUCCUUCCAAGUCCUUUGUCCUGAAGAUACAAACUCUAAGGUCAUUAAUACUGCAGCUAAACUGACUGCUCGCCAUGUUAAGCAAAAAUCCACGGACUGGAUUCAUCUCUCACUUGCAAGCAUUGUCGAGAAAGAUCUUUUUAACCAUUUUGACAAGCACACCAAUGCCUUACUACAUGCCAAAGCUAAAGAAAGCAGACUUCAGGAGGCUAUCAAACAAUCAGAUAAGAAGGAUUCUCUUGUCGUAGAAGCUAGUGAUAAUUCUCCGUCCCGAUAGCUGAACUUUUUGUAUCUCAUGAACGCUGCAGUUAGAAAUCUAACAAUUUAGAAGGUACGUGCACGUUCAAAACUCUAGAGCAAAUUACUUUGUAUAAUAACCCUGAAAAUACGUAGUACCAAUGUAUAGAAGUUACUAGAAUGUGUUUAAAUUACGGCGCCGAUGAAUUUCUGUGAAUAGAUACUAUUUUCUAGCCUGGGAAUUUUAUUUGUAUAAAUAAUGCACAUAGCAUGAAUAAUUAUGAUAAAUCAUGUAAAUAAACCCUAUUUUACUUC